GAGCUGCUGGUAGGUGAAAUUUAAAUGUGCUCCGUCCAAAUCGCUUCCCUGUGGCCACUGCUGCCAUUCUUUUGGCCUGUGGCAUUGUCCAGCUCUGCCAUGACCACAAUCCAAAAAGAAGCGCUGCAGCAGAUACCGAAGCUGAAUCGGACGCAAGUGCAGCUCAUAGCCGGCAACGCCAGCCUCAGGUGCGGCCUUAUUCCCGAGCUGUGCGACUGGCAACUACAUCUGUACUCGGGCCACCCCUUUAGUGUUCCAUUAUCCUUCGGGGAGUCUACGGUCAGCAGCAGCAGCAGCAGCACCAACACCACCACCCAAUCGCCCAAAGAUGUUGUUGCCGCAUCCACAGAAGAGGUCUUUUCGCUGCCGUCCCUGCUGCUGGUGGCCCAAGUUGAACCUAAGCCGCGGCGGGAGAAGCGCAGGAAAAGAAAGCUCAGGCGACGACCAACUUUCGGCCUCCUAAGUAAAAAGCAAUUUGUUUGGCUUUUCUUUCAAUAG